UUUUAUAAUUUAAGAAAGUCUUCGAAACUAAGGGCCGGUGUGGGACGACAUUUUUUGGCCGUAUAAAAGAGGUCAAAGAGAGAGAGAGAGAUAGAAAAGAAAAGAGAGAAUGGGUUAUUCAAGAACAUCAAGAAUCGGUUUAUGUUUGUUCCUCUUCUUCUCGUUUGCUCUCCUCUCUUCUGCUCGCAUCAGUCUUUCAUUUUCAGAAAAUGAAAUGACGUCGCAGGUGGUGCCAGAACGGUCAUUGAUGAUGAGCACCAACGACUACGGUGAACCUUCAGCUAACGUUAGACACGAUCCACCCCGUGGUGGCAGAAACCGCAGACGUUGAGAAUCUUAUAUUUUCUCAUAAUUUCCCAACUCCUCUUGCAACCUUGCAAAUAAUCUAUAUAUAUAUAUAUAUAUAUAUAUAUAAACCAAUAAAAGUUUUUAUUUUUAUUUUGUAUUUUAAACGAGUUAAAAUACAAGAUUAAUAUGUAAUAUAUAUAUAUUACACGUCGUUUUCAUUUGUGUUCUAUAUCGACGUCAACUUGUUAUUCUUACCAAGAUUAAUAUGUGUUAUAUACGUGCAAUUUUGUAUGUAUAAAAUUCCUUCCUUUUU